AUGUUCUCUAGUCUGGCUCGCUGUGCCUCCAGAGCGGCUCUGCAUGUGCUGAAAGGAGCCAAUCGUCCAUCCAAGCCAGUAAAAGCGCCUUGUUUUGGGUAUCAGACGCUGGCAGCGGUCCCACUACCCACUGUUGGAGGGAGUGCAGUGGUUAGACAUGCUCAAGUGCUAGACCAAAAAAGGCUGCUGCAGCUGGAGUGGGAUGAUGGAAGCUAUAGUUUUUAUCCGUUUACCUGGCUUAGGGAUAACUGCCAGUGCCCUCUGUGCAUGCUGCAGUCAGCACAAGCACGGAGUCUCCUCCUCACUGAGCUUGAUGUGCAUACUGGAAUGGACCAAGUGCAAAUAACUGAGAAUAACAAGGUCUCUAUCACAUGGCCAGACCGACACAGCAGUGAGUUUGAGCCUGACUGGUUAAAGAAAAGAUGCUUCUCAACCGAGGCAAGACAAGCACGGCAGGAGGAACUUUUUCUAAAUGAGCGUGAAUUCUGGGACUCUGCUCUGCAGAUCCCCAUGGCAGACUUUGAGGAGGUUCUGAGUGAUGAUAAGGCCGCUCUGGCCUGGCUUACGGCCCUCAGGCGCGUCGGGAUCGUGUAUCUGAAGGGGGCGCCAUCUGAGCAGGGGCAGUUGGCUAGACUCGCUCGGAGAAUUGGAUACCUCAGACUCACAUUCUAUGGACACACAUGGCAAGUGCAAGACAAGCCCAUGGCCAACAACGUAGCAUAUACCUCAGGCAAGCUGAGCCUGCACACUGACUAUCCUGCUUUGCAUCAUCCACCUGGGGUGCAGUUCCUACACUGUCUGCAGCAGGCCGAGCAGGGUGGCGAGAGCGAGGUGGUGGACGGCUUCCACAUGGCCGAGCUGCUCAGGAGAGAGGACCCAGAGGCAUUUAACACACUGUCGUCCCUCUACAUCGACUACACAGACAUCGGCUCUGACUACUGCGACUUCAGCGUGCAGUCCAAGAACCGCAUUAUAGACGUGGACAGUGAAGGCCGUGUUGUAAGGAUAAAUUAUAACAAUGCAACUAGAGAUUCUGUCCUGGAUCUACCGCUCGAUCAGGUGCAGCCUUUCUACUCGUCCCUGAAGAGCUUUGUGGAGCUGAUGAACCAGCCAGAGAACAUGGUCACUUACAGGAUGGAGCCAGGUGACCUGGUAACCUUUGAUAACUGGCGUCUGCUGCACGGCCGAAAGCAUUAUUCAUCAGGCGGCAGGACCCUAAGACACCUAGAGGGAGCGUAUCUGGACUGGGAUGAAGUCAUGUCCCGUCUGCGCAUCCUCCGUAGGGCCGUCCACGGAGACAGCUAGGGAUCUGCUUCAUCUGAAACACAAGUACUGUCAGUAGAAGUCUAAGCUUGAAGCUAAACUGCUUAGUCAGCCUCAGUGUGAGAUUUAGCAAAUAGGUUUGGUCUUAAACUUUUUGUGUACCAGGAUGAUCUGGUAAAAAAAAAAAGUCCAAAAUUCAAUUUGGUUGAAAUUGCUCUACUGAGCUAUGAACAGUAAAAGAUGACCACGGCGAAAUGAAUUCAGAAGAAACCGAACACCCAAGACAUCAUCAUGUGGAACAAUUUUGCUGAAAUUCUUCAGGGUGAUUUUAGUCCUUGGUCAUGAACUGUUAAACGAAUGUGCCAAAUUAUUAUUUAAUCAUUCUAGUGGCUUAAUGACACUAAAUAGUUAUUCCCCCUACAUUUUAUUUACACAGUUCUUUACAGCACUUCUCUGUGGCUCAUUGUGACUUGCCAACAAUUAGCCGUAUAUAUUAAUAAGGAUGUCUGCGUGACUGUUUAUUACAUUUUAUUGUUUGCACCAUUUUUUAAGCUUUAGUUCCAACCUCAGUUCAUGUCAGAAUAGGUACGUUUCCAGUAGGGAAAAUUACUAAUAUUCUUCUGGUCUUAUAGUUUUAUAAAAAAAAAUCUGCACCAACAA